AAACGAUUACGUGUAUAAAUAUGAUAUAUCCAUGCGUGUAGUACUCUUUAGGAAAAAUUUAUUUGCCCUUCAUAGGGUAGUCACUUUCCUUUUUCUUCUUUACUUACAAAUCUUCCUCUACACAUCAACACACAGAGAAAGAGAGAGAGAGAGAGACAGAUAGAGAGAGUGAGAAUAGAAGUGAGUGAGAGAAAGUCUAAUUGUUUCUCCUGUAAACUGCAAACCGAUCUCGUGUCUGAAAAUGGUGUGGAGCAGCAACAUGUCAAGCUUUCUACUGAUUUUGCUCAUUCUUAAUUCGACCCAUUUCAGUCUAAUGGCUAAUGGUAGACCAGAGCCUGACUCUGUCGAAUUCACCAAGAGUGGAGAUCAAGAUGUGAAGAUGAUGAUGAGAGGUCUAAUAGGAUCAAGACCACCAAGAUGUGAGAGAGUAAGAUGUCGUUCUUGUGGUCAUUGUGAAGCAAUUCAAGUUCCUACAAAUCCUCAAACAAAGCUUCACUCUCCUUUAACUACUUCUUCUUCUUCUUCCUCUGAGACUAUUCAUCUUGACUACACCAGAGGAGAUGAUAGUACUAAUUACAAACCCAUGAGCUGGAAAUGCAAAUGUGGUAACUCUAUCUACAACCCUUGAAGAACAUUUUGUUUUACUUUUUCAUCGACAAUUUUUCUCUUUUUUUUUGGUGUUCAAAUUCUAAAAUCUCUGUGUAUAUAAUUAUAUUUUUAGUUGUUUUUUAUUGGUCAAACAUAUUUUAGUUGUAGUAAUCUUCAUAUUUUAUGGUAUUUAUGUUGUUGUUGUUUAUUAUAGUGUAGUUAAAAAAAAACAGAGAUGAAUAAAAUUUUGUUUAUCCAAAAUGAUUUUUUAUAAUUUCAUUGCUAAUUGUGAAAGUAAAAAUCUUUUUG